AUGACUACCGAAGGAAAAUACGUGCUGGCCCCGUUAGGUAACGAUGGCGCAUACGAAAGCGAUAAUCGGAGCGAUGCGAGUGAUGCUCGGAGCGACGCAGGAUCAGUUGACAUAGACGAUCUGGAAGUAGCUGCCCACGAAACAGUGGAAGCUGACGUUACAGCACCGUGUGCAACUGGCGAUAUGAAUGGAAGAUUACUUCGUUUGGAAAAAAUGUUGGAAAAAUUCAUGGGUCAUCAUUCGUCAGAAACUCUCGCGACGACUGACAAGGCAGACGAAAGCGAGACGAGUGAGUUGGAACCAUCCUCCGGAUCCGGGUUCACGGAUAGAGGGACAAAUAUUCGUUGGGACCUCAUUCCCAAGUUCCCAAAAGACGUUCCGUCCAAUAAGCUUUGGGAAAACUGGCAAAGUUUUAUUGAAAACUUCGAGAUUGCCACAUCGUUGUCCACUUUCACUGGGUCCGCAGAUAGGGCAAAGCUAUUGUACUUGUCGGUUGGGAAAAACUUGCAGGACAUUAUGAGUGCAGCGGAUCUGCAACCGAAUUAUCGUGACCCAAGGUGCUACUCAAAGCUUGUAACGGGAAUAAAUAACUAUUUUAGGUCAAUGACCGACACGGCAGCUGAACACAAGGCGUUCCAAGCGAUGCACCAAGCUGCGGGGGAAUCUAUCGUUACGUUCCAUGCCAGACUGAUUCAAAAGGCUCGACUGUGUGGUUACAGUCCCGCCGACCAAGUCCGUUUCGCAACAGCUCAAUUACUCAAAGGCAUGCGAAACAGGGAGAUGGCAAUGGCUGCUAGAACUUACGGAUACGAUGCAAGUUAUAUAGUACAAGCAGGCACAAGGGUCGAAGCUUAUGAAGCGGGCCAGCAAAGUAUGGAAAGAUCCAAUGUCCAUGCUAUUAACAGGAAACGAGAGCGGAGUCGUGAGAAGAUUUUCUCGAAAACACGCAGAACCGAGGAGGCUCGUGAUACUGGUGGAAAGAAGACCGAUCGCGAGGGGGAUAAUACACGCUGUUGGAGAUGUGGAUUCACAUUCCACAAGAAAAAGACAUGUCCGGCAUUGGACAAAAAGUGUAACACCUGCGGACGAAUUGGACACUUUGCAGGUACAUGCCGAAGACAGUCGAAGAACACUGGCAUCAAUAGCAUCAUGGACAGCCACGCGAUAAUAAGUUGGAUGAUCUUCCACGCAGAUGGGCGAAAGAUUCUUAUGAUGAACAGUUGUCGUCUCAGCUCUUUCACUCCACUAAACUUUCUCGUUGAUUCUGGCGCCGAUGUGAAUAUCGUUGGUGGCGCCGAUUGGAACCGCCUAGAAAAAGAAUUUCGAAGCGGACAUGCUAAAUUAGAACUAAUUGAUCAUUCCGUAGCCAAGGAAAUUCGUGCAUACGCGACGGAUGCUCCUAUAGUAAUACGGUGCGCUUUCAGAGCUGAGGUUGAAGUCCUGGGAGCACCCAAACCAGUGGUAACUGCAAAGUUCCUGGUUGUGGAAGAAGGUCGUCGAUCAUUGCUUGGGCGGCGAACAGCAAGCGAAUUAAAAUUGCUGAAAGUUGGCCUUUCGGUUAACAACUGUGAAGUGCCCACCUCUGCGCUAUUUCCAAAGAUGCCCGGAGUUCGGGUUAAGUUUAGCAUUGACAGAUCCGUUCCACCCGAAAAAAACGCCUACUACAACGUCCCGGCGGCGUACCGUGAAGCAGCCAGAGCACGCCUUGAAGAUAUGGAAGCUCAAGGUAUCAUCGAACGCGUUUUGAAAGCACCCGAGUGGAUUAGCGGAAUGUCUGCUGUACCCAAGGGUAAAAACGACUUCAGAUUGGUCGUGAACAUGCGGGCUCCUAACAAGGCAAUACAAAGAGAGUACUUUCGCAUGCCUUUAAUCGACGAACUUAAGGUAAAACUUGAUGGAGCUAGGUAUUUUUCAAAACUAGACCUCAGUAAUGCUUACUAUCACCUCGAGCUGUGCAAAGAAUCGCGCGAUCUGACGACGUUUCUGACGGAAAAUGGCAUGUACCGGUUCACACGCCUAAUGUUCGGGGUCAACUGCGCCCCCGAAAUUUUUCAGCGAGAAAUGUGCCGUUUAUUGGAAGGAAUCGAUAACAUUGUCAUCUACAUUGAUGAUGUGUUGAUUUUUGCAGACAAGCUGGAAAAACUCAAAGCUACCACAGGUGAAGUGUUGAAAAUUCUUCGAGCUAACAACCUAACUCUUAACGAGGCAAAGUGCGAGUUCGAGAAGGAAUUUGUCAUAUUCCUAGGCCAUGGACUUGAUAAGGACGGAUUCCACGUGGACGAUGCGAAGGUGAAAUCAAUUAGGAGGUUCCGACCGCCGUCCAGUAUAUCGGAACUUAAAAGUUUUCUAGGACUAGCUUCAUUUAUCAGUCCCUACAUCAAGGACUUCGCCAAUAUUUCGAGCACUCUUUGGCAAGCUACUACUGCCAAAAGCUGGUGCUGGGGUCCAGAACAACUUGCGGCAUUCGAAAUGAUCAAGAACAGGAUUACGAAUUGUACGACAGCAUUGGGUUACUUUUCUGAAAGUGAACGUACUAUCCUGUAUACGGAUGCAUCGCCCAAUGCUCUUGGACGCGAUGAACCAUUUGACGAGGAACACAGCCCAUGGCAAAUUGCAACUCUUGAGGCAAAUUCAAUACGUUUUUUAACUGAAGAGGAAAUACGGAAAGAAACGGCCAAAGAUCAGAUACUUCAAAGUGUAAUGGAUGCACUGGAGACGAAUGCCUGGCCAGAGAACCUUAGACGGUUUAAAAACGUGUCUAAUGACUUAUCAGUACAUAAUGGAAUUCUGAUUAAAAACGGAUGCGCGGUGGUCCCAUCUGAAUUGCGUCAAAAGACUCUAAACUUAGCCCACGAUGGACACCCGAUGACCGCUAAGUUGAAGAGCAUUUUGAGGGAGCGCGUUUGGUGGCCCGGCAUUGGUACUGAUGCUGAAGAAUGGGUUAAGACAUGCAAAACUUGCGCUACUAACGGCCGCCCAGAGAAACCUACCCCAAUGAAACGGAUUUUUGCACCCCAAACUGUUUGGGAAACAAUCGCUUUGGACUUUAAUGGCCCAUACGCCCGGUAUGGAGGUAUUUCUAUUCUACUUAUGGUUGAUUACCGAUCCAGGUUCUUAAUCGCCCGUCCUGUAAAGUCAACAAGCUUUGACCAAACCAAGCAAGUUUUUGAGGAAAUCUUCGCCCGUGAAGGCUUCCCGAAACACAUUCGAUCCGACAACGGACCACCAUUCAAUGGGGACGAAUAUAAGAAGUACUGUGCUGAUCGUGGCAUUGAGACAAUAUUUUCAACUCCCCUAUUCCCACAACAGAAUGGGCUCGUUGAAAAUUAUAUGAAGCUUGUGAACAAAGCGAUGGCAUCAGCAGUUAGUAAUGGGUUAUGCUUUAAAGAAGAGCUUCAGGCUGCCGUGAAUGCGCACAACGCCGCAGCUCAUUCCGUUACCGGUGUUCCCCCGGAGGAGGUCAUGUUGGGCCGAAAAAUUAAGCGUAGACUCCCUCUAUUGCGUUACGAGAAGGCCAAAUACGACGAUGAGCUCUUGAACCGCAAGGAUAAAAUAGAAAAACUCAAAUCUAAAGAACGUGAAGACUCCAAAAGAGGAGCGCGAGCAAGUUGCAUCAAACCUGGAGACACAGUCAUCAUUGAGCGCAUGUCUCGGUCUAAGGGAGAAAGCAGGUUCGAUCCAGAAAAGUACACUGUUUUGAAACAGGACAACGGGAACCUGUUCCUACAGAACGAUCGUGGACAAACGGUAAAGCGACACGUAACUCAGACCAGGAAGGUCGGCAACUGGCGCGAACCGUUCGAGGAGCGUAUUGAUUCAUCUACCUUAAUCUCAAAGGACAUCUCACAGAAGAAACUAGAGCGGCCGAGUAGAACAAAAAACCCGCCUGGCUACCUAAAAAACUACGUACAGCUGAUCAAAAAUUGA